UUGGUUCGGAUCUAGGCUGUGCCACUUCCUUCCUUCUGCAUUUCAAGAGUGCUGAUUGGCAUCGCUGACUUUCCAACAGUUUGCUUACCUGAGAAAUAAAGACGACUAAUAUCUACACCACACUGGCCCCAGCUACCUUCUCCAAGUGGUCCACAUAUACCAGAAGGACAAGGACAGAUUCCAAGUUCAAGUCACUUCCAGAGCUGUGACAACCUGUGGAGUGGCAAGUACCUUGACAGGUAGUGCAUGCCCCAUCACUGAAAGGACCCAAGCAAGACUGCCAUGGAAGAAAACGAAUACUCAGGAUACUGGGAGCCUCCCAGGAAGCGUUGCUGCUGUGCAAGACAGAGGACACAACUCGUGCUGGUGGGGCUGCUGAGUACAGCAAUGUGGGCUGGCCUGAUGGCCCUGCUUCUUCUAUGGCAUUGGGAAACGGAGAAGAAUCUAAAACAGCUGGGAGACACUGCAAUCCAGAAUGUCUCUCGUAUUACCAAGGACUUACAAAAAUACCAGAGUAAUCAACUGGCCCAGAAGUCCCAGGCUGUUCAGAUGUCACAAAACUUGCAAGAGCUCCAAGCUGAGCAGAAGCAAAUGAAAGGUCAGGAUUCUCAGCUCUCCCAGAACCUGACCCAACUCCAAGAGGAUCUGAUCGACGUCAAAUCCCAGAACUCUGAACUCUCCCAGAAUCUGAACAGACUCCAAGAGGAUCUAGUCGACGUCAAAUCCCUGGGCUUGAAUGAGAAGCGCAAAGCCUCAGAUUCUCUGGAGAAAAUCCAGGAAGAGGUGGCGAAGCUGUGGAUAGAGAUACUGAUGUCAAAAGGAACUCCAUGCAACAAAUGUCCCAAGAACUGGCUCCACUUUCAACAGAAGUGCUACUAUUUUGGCAAGGGCUCCAAGCAAUGGAUCCAGGCCAGGUUUGCCUGCAGUAACCUGGAAGGGCGGCUAGUCAGCAUCCACAGCCAAAAGGAGCAGGACUUCCUGACGCAACACAUCAACAAGAGGGAUUCCUGGAUUGGCCUCCAGGAUCUCAAUGUGGAGGGAGAGUUCGUAUGGGCCGAUGGGAGCCCUGUGGGUUAUAGCAACUGGAAUCCGGGGGAGCCCAACAACGGGGGCCAGGGUGAAGACUGUGGGAUGAUGCGGGGAUCCGGCCAGUGGAAUGAUGCCUUCUGCCGCAGCUACCUGGAUGCCUGGGUGUGUGAGCAGCUGGCAACAUGUGAGCUAUCUGCCCCCGUAGCCUCUGUGAGUCCAACAGGACCCACCCCAAGAAACGAAUCCUGACAAACUUCUGCCCACCCUCUUCCGGAUUUCUCCUCUACCUUUACCAUGGAAACAGCCAGGCCUUGAGGAUACCCCUAUCAAGGCCUGGGCCCCUCUCUGUGACUGAAGGCUAUGAUUCCCACCCAUACUGAAACAGCUGGUGGGUGCCAGCUCCUGCCAGCUAUCCAGAAAGCCUCCACUGCUCUCCAGCUAAGUUGACCAUCCCAUUUCGUCUGUCCUCCUCCAACCUGAGCCCCAGCCGUGCAAGCUCCCUGCCUACUGGCAUGCACGUGGGCAAUUGAGCCAACCAGGGAGCUGCUGAGAACCGAGAUUUCAAAGGAGGCUUCCCUUUCUACCAAGUUUUCUACUUCUUUCUACUCUUCGUCAAAGAACAGAGGUUCCCUCUCCCCAGGGUCCGGAAGCGAGUCUUCCCAUCAAGUUUGCAUCAGUGAAGUUGAGGCUGGUCCCCAGCAUUCCUGCCCUCCUUGGAGGCUGUCCCAGAUGUGCUCCUGGUAUGGGAGGUAUUGAAGGGACUCUGGCCAGCUCCAACAUGGCGAGCUUGGCUCUGGGAGGCCUUGCCCUUCUCUCUUAUUCCCUCUGCCUUGCUCAAAGCUGUUAGAUAACAGUCCUAAAACUAGCCCCGAAGGUCUAUUCCCUUAUGUGGCUACUCCCUCCUCCUGAGGCUGACUGCCAGGCUCCAGCUAUCCAGGUAUUGAAGUCCAGCAAUCAAAAGCCGCCUUCGUUUCACCUAAUCAACAUGGCCAAUCAAAAUAUGCCAAUGCAUCAUAGCCCAGUCUAACACACCCAUUUUUCUCUUCAUAAAAAUUACACCUGCAAGGUCAUUAGCUGCUGUUUUUCUGCCUGAGUCAGAAAGCAGCCAAUUAAUUUUUCUUCCGUGCUUAAUAAAGGAUCUCUCUGUGAAAACAA